AGGAGCACGUUGGAGUUCCCACAAGACUCCAGAUCACCCACCCUAUACUCUGCAACACACACCUCCAGAAGCACCAUGACCUGCGGAUCGGGAUUCUGCGGCCGCACCUUCAGCUGCGCCUCGGCCUGCGGGCCCAGGCCAGGCCGCUGCUGCAUCACGGCCGCCCCCUACAGCGGCGUCUCCUGCUACCGCGGCAUCACCGGGGCCUUCGGCAGCCGCAGCGUCUGCGGGGCCUUCCGCUCCGGCUCCUGCGGCCGCAGCUUCGGAUACCGUUCCGGCGGCGUGUGCGGGCCCAGCCCUCCCUGCAUCACCUCCGUGUCGGUCAACGAGAGCCUGCUCGCGCCCCUCAACCUGGAGAUCGACCCCAAUGCGCAGUGCGUGAAGCAGGAGGAGAAGGAGCAGAUCAAGUGCCUCAACAGCAGGUUCGCUGCCUUCAUUGACAAGGUGCGCUUCCUGGAGCAGCAGAACAAGCUGCUGGAGACCAAGUGGCAGUUCUACCAGAACCGCCAGUGCUGCGAGAGCAACCUGGAGCCGCUGUUCCAGGGCUACAUCGAGACGCUGAGGCGGGAGGCCGAGUGUGCGGAGGCCGACAGCGGGAGGCUGGCCUCCGAGCUCAACCACGUGCAGGAGGUGCUAGAGGGCUACAAGAAGAAGUAUGAAGAGGAGGUGGCACUAAGGGCCACCGCUGAGAAUGAAUUUGUGGCCCUGAAGAAGGAUGUGGACUGUGCCUACCUGCGCAAGUCGGACCUGGAGGCCAACGCAGAGGCCCUGAUCCAGGAGAUCGACUUCCUGCGGCGGCUGUAUGAGGAGGAGAUCCGCGUCCUCCAGUCCCACAUCUCAGACACCUCAGUCAUCGUCAAGAUGGACAACAGCCGGGACCUGAACAUGGACUGCAUUGUGGCUGAGAUCAAGGCUCAGUACGACGACAUUGCCAGCCGCAGCCGGGCCGAGGCCGAGUCCUGGUACCGCACCAAGUGCGAGGAGAUCAAGGCCACAGUGAUCCGGCACGGGGAGACCCUGCGCCGCACCAAGGAGGAGAUCAAUGAGCUGAACCGCAUGAUCCAGAGGCUGACCGCCGAGGUCGAGAAUGCCAAGUGCCAGAACUCCAAGCUGGAGGCUGCAGUGGCCCAGGCCGAGCAGCAGGGUGAGGCUGCCCUCAACGACGCCCGCUGCAAGCUGGCGGGGCUGGAGGCCGCCCUGCAGAAGGCCAAGCAGGACAUGGCCUGCCUGCUCAAGGAGUACCAGGAGGUGAUGAACUCUAAGCUGGGCCUGGACAUCGAGAUCGCCACCUACAGGCGCCUGCUGGAGGGCGAGGAGCAGAGACUGUGUGAAGGCAUUGGGGCCGUGAAUGUCUGUGUCAGCAGCUCCCGGGGCGGGGUCGUUUGCGGGGACCUGACUGUGUCCGGCACCCGGCCAGUGACGGGCAGCACCUGCAGCGCCCCGUGCAGCGGGAACCUGGCAGUGAGCACCGGAAUCUGCGCACCCUGUGGCCCCUGUAAUUCCAUCACAUCUUGUGGCCUGGGCUCCUACGGCAUCAGUUCCUACGGUGUGGGCUCCUGUGCCAGCAGCUGCCGCAAAUGUUAGGCACCCCAACUCAAGCCUGACAUCUCUCCUGUGCAGCCCCAGAUGGCCCCGCCUGGCCUGGUCCAGCCCCUCCCAGCACCCACUCCCCCCACAGGGUGGAGCAAGCACUCUGCUACUUCUCUGGCACCUUGAAAGGUCUCUUCCCUCCUGGCCUCUCAUGUCUGUGAUUCCCUCUCCCUGGGCGCUGAGAAAGGCUACCCUAGAAAGAUGUCCCUUUGACGUCCACAGGAAGGGAGUCCAGGGGCAGGGAGGACCAGGACCAAUCACCAUGGGCCCCUCAAGCCUCUCCCCUUCCUCCUCUGCAGUGUUCAUCUCCGCCUUCAUCUGUGUUUCCAAUAAAUCAAUGUAGUUGA